AUGGGCGACAAGCGCAAGCUCGUUCAGGAUGAGGUCGUCGAGCCUGAGGGCAAGAAGAUGAAGAAGGAGAAGAAGGAGAAGAAGGACAAGAAGGAGAAGAAGGAAAAGAAGGAAAAGAAGGAAGAGCGCAAGUCGCGCGAAGAGUCCGAGGUUGUCGCACCCGUCGAGACUGCCCCCGAAGAGGUGAAGGAGGUCAAGGAGAAGAAGGACAAGAAGGAGAAGAAGGCCGAGAAGACCGAGAAGGACAAGAAGGAGAAGAAGGAGCGCAAGGAGAAGAAGCGCAAGGCCACUGAGGACGCAGCCGAGCCUACUCCUGCUUCAGAGGACGCCAUGGAUGUCGACGAGGCCCCGGCCGAGAAGGCGGACGGCGACAAGAAGGAGAAGAAGGAGAAGAAGGAGAAGAAGGAAAAGAAGGGAAAGAAGGAGAAGAAGGAGAAGAAGAAGGAGAAGACCUCCGAGUCCGCCGCCGAGUCGCAAGAGCAGCCCGCUGCUGAGACCGCUGAGGCCGAGGCCGAACAGUCCCAGAAGGGUGCUCGUUUCAUCUGCUUUGUCGGCAACCUUCCCUACUCUGCCAACCAAGAGUCUCUCGCCAAGCACUUCGAGAAGAACCCUCCUGCCACAAUCCGCGUCGCAACCAACAAGGAUGACCCCAAGAACAAGUGCCGUGGCUUCGCCUUCAUUGAGUUCGACAACUACGACCGCAUGAAGACCUGUCUCAAGCUGUACCACCACUCCAUGUUCGACGACAAGAAGUACCCUCCUCGACGCAUGAACAUUGAGUUGACUGCUGGCGGCGGCGGCGGCAAGUCCGAGCACCGCAACGCAAAGAUCCAGGCCAAGAACGAGAAGCUCAACGAGGAGCGCCAGCGCCAGGCCAAGGAAAUCCAGAAGGAGAAGAAGAAGUACGACAAGAAGCCUGAGGGUCCUACUGGCGCUAACGCAAUGGGUGGUGACGGUGCCGCCGACCCCAACGACCAGUGGGCUGGCCUGCACCCUAGCCGCCGAGGCCGUGUCUAA